AUGAACCCUGAGCUUGACGAUGCACAUGUCAAGAUCAUGUCAAGCUACAGCGUCAAGAGUGCUCAGUCGCAUAUAGAUCGUUAUCUCCGAGGCCGAUUUACAAGAGAACGUGGUACCUCCGAGCUGUCGGGAAUAGAUACCCAUCUGGGUGAACAAGGCCGAGGAUUGGCAACACAGCGCCAGUAA